AUGGCCACACCUCAUGACAACAUCCAAUUGAGCUUCCAUCUUCUGGCCGCGUCAAAAGGCUCGGCUCGCUUCGAUUCGGCCCCCCUCGUCCCCGCGCCCGGCCGCAACCCUUGCCAUUGGCGAAUCACAGCCAAGCCACAGCCGCGAGACUGUUCUAGCCAGGGACUUUCCCAGUGCCGAAGCCACCUUCCCGUUCAGGCAAGUCCCAGCGUCUUGGCGCUCAACCCCGCUGUCCACCACUCGAUCGCCUCCAGCAGCAGGCCCGACAAGACUUGA